UUCUACUGUUAAUUUUCACAUUUUUAGACCUUGAUACAGAUAAUGUUGAUAUAAAUUCGUUGAAAAUUCCUCCAGUUCUAGAGCUCUUCUGGUAGAAAAGGAAUAUGUGCACUUUUGGCUGCAGGACAUGCAAAUCUCAAACAGAUUGUGAUGGCUGUUCUCCAACGUGCUGCAGUCCUUGUAUCAGCUACUGCAUUUUCGAUCUAGAAAGUGCUGUCUUUGAUACUCGCCACGUCUACCGGAAGGCUCUCAAGGAACUGGUUCGUUGUUAUGAUAAGAGGAUACCAGACAUUUUACAUGUCCAGAGUGGUCCUAUGACGAUAUCGGAGAUGUCUGAACUGUUUUGCCGGAAGCUCGAUAUUCCGAUGAGUUGGGAAUCGUUUCGGUAUGAACUUAACGAGCGGACCUCCCAAUUAAUUGCAAAUCCCCCGUUUAUGGAUGGGAUUGAGCGGCUGGUUCCGCACCUGCGCAAUAGCUGCAUGGAAUUGGGCUUGAUCACAUCCAGCAACGAGGCCAACUACUGCUCGAAGAUUCGCGGCCGGGAGGACUUCUUCGAGAACUUCUCCACCGUGGUCUGUGCGGAUGAUCCGGAAUUGCAUGCGCCCAAGCCCGAGCCCGACGUCUACCUGAUUGCCAUGUCGAGGCUAGGGGAUGCUGGACCCGAUUGCACCCUGGUUUUCGAUGGCACUCCCAAAGGAGUUCAGGCGGCGAGCGAUGCUCGUCUGCCCGUCAUAAUGUUGGCCGAGAAGGACCUUCCCUGCUGUUGGUCCGAAUUGGCCGCCUUGCGAUUCGAGUACCUGGAUGACUUCGAGCCGGAGAUGUAUAAUUUGCCCCCGUUUACGGACCCUGCGCCCAAGAGGCGAUCGAGUCGUCGGCGCACGAGAUACAGCCAGAGAUUGACUGUAAUCCGGGCCAGAGCGGCCGAAGCAGCUGCCGCGGAGGAGGAGGAGGCAGAGGAGGAACCCGCGGAACCACCAGCACCAGCCGCCCUACCAUCCAUUUUAAAUUUAAGAGAAUGAGUCAAGUUUUAGAGAUUUAUAAGA